CCUCCCGCGCCGGCGCGGAGCCGCCGAGCCCCGGCUGUGCGUGCCGGGAUCGCUGCCCGCGGCGGGCGGGCCCCGGACGUGGCGCACCGGGCGGCGAUGCGCCAGGCGCGGCCGGGGGAGGGGCCCCGGGGCCUGUAAACGUGGUGCCUGCGGGGCAGGGCGGCCCUGCCCGCCUCCGCCCCCCGCUGCUGAGGCCGGAGGAGCGCGGCGGCUUUCUCCUUUGCUUCUGCUUUUUAAAACCACAAAAUGUCUGAAGCUAAGCCAAGGAAAAAAGGUAUUUCUUCAUCUAAGACCAGUAAAGGUUCACAGAAGGCUGAUAAGCACAGUAAUUAUGGGAAGCUGGCAAGUCCCAGGACCAGCAAUAAUCACAGUUCCUUUUGGAUGGAUUCAAGGACGAGUUUGAGUGUUGUUUCCCUUGCUGUUUGCCUGGUGGUGAGCUGGUUUCUAUUUCAGCAGUCAGGUCAAUUUGCUGAUCUAGAAAGAAAGUACAAUUUUUUACAUCAAGAAGCUGAAAAAAAACUGGAUGUGGGAAAUAAAGUAAACUUGAUUUCUGAAAAGUGUGAAAAGACUUGGAACUUAAUGAAACAGCUGGAAGAUCUUCAAAUAAUUUCUCACAUUAAAUAUCUGCAGGAAGAUAUUUAUACAAUGAAAGCAUGGUCUAGCAGCAUAAUUAAAAAACAAGAAGAACUGGAGAAGAAUUUAACAAGCCUUUUUCACGCAGUUUCAAGCACUGAACAGAACGCAGCUUCUGUAGCAAAAAACGUAACAUUGACAAUUGUGACAGUAAAAACUGACAUAAGGCGCGUUUCAGGCCUGGUCUCAGACAUGGCUGCACUGACAGAUUCUUUGCAAACACUAGAAGAUAAAGUAGAAAAAGGUGAAAAGGCAACAGUAAAAAAUAUAGGUGACCUCCUUACCAGUAGCAUCGACCGAAGUACGAAAAUACAAAGCUUGGCAUCCAGUAAUGCAAGAAAAAUAGAGCAAAUUAAGACAGCACUGUCUGAGUUAAGGAACAAUUUUAACAAGCAUUCUGAUAGACUUUUGAAUCUUGAAGGUGACAGAGCAAAAGUUCUGAAGACAGUUGCAUUUGCAAAUGAUUUAAAACCUAAGAUGUACAAAGUUAAAAAGGAGUUUGCCAUCUUGGAGCCCUUAAUAAAUGACCUAACACUGAGAAUAGGAAGAUUAGUAGAGGAGGUGUUACAACGGGAGAAGGAAAUUGCUUUACUGAAUGAGAAAUUGGCCAAUCUAACAAGAGUUCAAACAGAGAUCAAGGAUGUGAAAGAUGAAAUAACCAAGAUUUCAGACAUUAAUUGAUCAUUGAAAGGUCAUUGCCUAAAGAAUAGUGUUUGAGGAGCAUGAACUCCCAUCAUGCGUAGUACUAAGAAGACACAAUAUUUAAGGGCUUCAUAUAGAAGCACACCUAAACCUGAAAUGUGUCCUAUUCCUUUGAACAGGACAGGAAACAGUCAUACUUAUUUCAAGGGAGAAAUAAUAAUGUGAACAAGAAACAUACCUCUCUGCAUGUAUUUUUCUUUCUGAAGAAUGAGAGAUGCUAUAUUUAAUAAAUUGCUUGUUUUGUACAAUAAAGCAGUGUUAGUUAAAGUACAAAAUUAUGUUCUUAGCUUUAGAGUUUGCUUUCAUGAAGAAAGCAGGACGCAAGAAUGGCAGAUCUCCAGUUUCACUUUCCUGCUGCAAAGGAAGGGAUAGAAUUGUGGUUUCCAGCUAAACAAGAGGUAGUCCAAAAGAAGUAGCACUUUGUCUCUAUUCACUCUAUGAUUUUUUGUAAACCAGUUUCUUUUUAAAAUAUUAUUUAACAAGGUAAAUGCAGUGAAGCAAGAAAUGCUCAGAAAUAGUGCUGAUGCCUUCCAGAAAGUUUGUUGCACAUUUAGAUGGAAUAAUUUGUAUGAGGCUUUAUAACUGUAAAUCAAAAUUACUGUGCAGCACCGUUCUGCCUUUAUAACACAGAAUGCUCUAUAGGGACAAUGCUCUGAAAGACCUAAUAAUGCUGCUGAUGGCUUUAUCCCAGUGUCACAGUGUCUGCUCAGGAAUCCUAACAGUGUUAGCCAUUCAUUUUUUCUUAGUCUGUAAAAUACUAUAGUGAGCAGCAGAAUUAGCAAAGAGAAGUUACUUAUAUCCCAAAAGGCUACUGCUGUGAACUUCUGUGACUAUUUAAGUGCUGAAGAACAACAGCUUUGAGACAUUUGAAGUAGGCAGUAACAAGAUAGUGGGAAUGGUUUUAGCAAAGGAAGGUGGGGGAGAGCAGUGCAUUAAAUAGGAAUAAAAAUGGCUAUAAAUAUAAAUUAGAAGCGAUACAGCAACUCAGAAAAUCCCUGUAAAUGAAAUUAUAUCAAGAAGUGUAAGUAUAUAGUAAAGCCUUUAUAUCUUUUCAGUUGGCCAUACCUUAACAUCUUAGAACUACUAGACUCUUGAUUGUAUGGAAGAUGCAAACAUUCCUCUCCCUAUUUUCAUCCUCAUUCAGCAUUCCAUGUCUUUUGGUCUGCUUCAUGUUCCUGGUCUUCUGUACCUUCUUUGCUUCAUUUGCCCACAGUCAACCUCCAAUACUUUGUUUAAAGUUUUCCUCUUUUUGGUAUAGGUCCGUUCCUAUCUCCCCCUUUCUUCUACCCCUUUCCAGGCCACCUGACAGAUGGGAAGAAUAAACCUGUCAAAAGACAAGUUUUCCUAGAAGCAUCCACAGAUACUCUACCAAUCCCUGUCCCUUUACUCUUCCACACAGUUCUUAAGUGAGCUCCUGAAAAUAACCAAAUGGCAUUUGAGGGAGGCAGCAAAAUUAAAGAACAGCCAUGGUAAAAUAUGCAUCGCCUGUCAUACCUGAAGCAAUGUAUGUACACAUGCACAUACACCUUAGGGGACUGAGGGUUACAUAAUAAAUAUAUUGUGGAUUAAAGGCA